ACCGAAGAACCAACCAACUAAAAGAAAGAAACAAAAAAAAAGAGAAAGAAGUUUACAAUUUAUUAAGAUUUUAUUAAAAAUUAAAAGAAUCAUGUCUCUCUUAGAAGUUAUCGUGCUCUCGCAUGAUUCUUCUUCCUCCUCCUCGGGAUGAUCAGACCAGAGAGAGAUUUUAUCAGACCGAUCUGAACUACGUUUUUCUUGGCUUUGCGUCAGGUUUGAAAAAGUUCAUUUGCUUUUGGGUUACUUCAUGGUUUCCGCGGGAAAAGUUCACUCCCUUUUGACGCAAAAGACGACAAGAAGGGUUUACUGUCGUUUAUGAAACCAGCUCGUACCUAUCACCUAUGUGAUAUUUGGUUAUGUGUCUCUUCUUCUACGAGCUUGCCUUUCAAUAGAAUCUUGACUUUUUUGCUAGAAACAGAACGUUCAUAUCAAAUCAGUGAUGUAUAUUUUUUUCCCCUUAUUGGGAGGUGUUUAAGAUGGUCCACCAUCAAUAGCCUAAAGAAGAAGACACUGUGUGUUCCAAUAACUGACACUGACAUUAGAGUUUGGUCUGUUUUUCUUUUUUGGCACAAAUUUCAAUUUUCUUUCAUCUAAUUGACAACCUUUCAAAAAAGAAAAAUCACCAGCAAAAAAUAGUGUUUCUAGGGUGUAUAUGAGUCAGGUGCUUUGCCUUAUCAAUGGAGCUUAUACAAGUAGAGAGGAGAGGUAGCGUUGACGUAUUGAGUGAUGGAAAAUAACUUAUAAGCCAACAACCUUUCCUUUUCUUCUAGCUUCAAAUCUCUUACAUAAAGCUUAACUUGUGAUCUUUUUGAGGAAACAUGAAUACAACUUCAACACAUGUUGUUCCACCGAGAAGGUUUGAAAUAUACGAGACUACUACUCUCAGCCAAGUCAGUAUGUGGGAAGAGAGUUUCAAGAACAAUGGAGGCAUCUACACACCUAACUCUAUCGUCAUCCCCACGAAUGGAAAACCAGACAGCUUGUCAGAGGAUACUUCUAAUGGAACUCCUCACAAGUUUGACCAAGAGGCUUCCACUUCUAGACAUCCUGACAAGACGCGGAGACGGCUAGCACAGAACCGAGAGGCAGCUAGGAAAAGUCGUCUGCGCAAAAAAGCUUAUGUUCAGCAGCUAGAGACAAGCAGGUUGAAGCUAAUUCACUUAGAGCAAGAACUUAAUCGUGCUAGACAACAGGGUUUCUAUGAAGGAAACCGAGUAGAUACUAAUGCUCUUGGUUUCUCUGACAAGAUGAGCUCAGGGAUUGUAGCAUUUGAGAUGGAAUAUGGACACUGGGUGCAAGAACAAAAUAGGCAAAUAACCGAGCUAAGAACGGUUUUACACGGACAAGUUAGUGAUGUAGAGCUUCGUUUGCUAGUUGACAAUGCCAUGAAACAUUACUUUCAACUCUUCCGAAUGAAGUCAGCUGCUGCAAAGAUCGAUGUCUUUUACAUUAUGUCUGGGAUGUGGAAAACUUCAGCAGAGAGGUUCUUCUUGUGGAUAGGUGGGUUCAGACCCUCAGAGCUUCUGAAGGUUCUGUUACCACAUUUUGAUCCUUUGAUGGAUCAACAAGUAUUGGAUGUGUGUAAUUUGAGGCAAUCAUGUCAACAAGCGGAAGAUGCUGUGUCUCAAGGUAUGGAGAAGUUGCAGCAUACACUAGCAGAUAGUGUAGCGGCUGGGAAUCUCGGUGAAGGAAGUUAUAUUCCUCAGAUAACUUGUGCUAUGGAGAGACUAGAGGCUUUGGUCAGCUUUGUGAAUCAGGCUGAUCAUCUAAGACAUGAGACGUUGCAACAGAUGCAUCGGAUCUUAACCACGAGACAAGCGGCUAGGGGAUUGUUAGCGUUAGGUGAGUAUUUCCAACGGUUAAGAGCUUUAAGCUCGAGUUGGGCGACUCGGCAACGUGAACCAACGUAGUCAAGGAGAUUUGAUUUCAAGAAAGGUUUGAGACUACUAAGAAUUAAGAAUGGUGUUUGCUAGUGAGUGGAUUUCGGACAAGAACAAGAACAUAAGCUACUUAUAUGAUAUGAUCCUUGUCGUGCGGUUAAAGGAACUAUUUGAGGAAAGUUGUAAAUAUAAUCAGCCAACGUAAAUGUGUAUAGCUUAUGUAUGCUUUGCAUGUCGUAUAUAUGAUUUUAGUGUGAUGAUUUCUAAUAACAA